UCACCUGACUGCAGUAAUGGCCACCGACGCAACAUUACUUUUGGAAGCUGUUAACUUUGCUGCGGAAAAGCAUAAAUGUCAGAGGAGAAAGGACGUUGAGAAAACGCCUUAUAUAAAUCACCCAAUAGGUGUGGCAAGGAUAUUAUCGCAUGAGGCUGGGGUAACAGAUGUAGCAGUACUGCAGGCAGCUCUGCUCCACGACACGGUAGAAGAUACCAAUACCAGCUUCACAGAAAUAGAAGAGAAGUUUGGGAAAGAAGUUCAAGGAAUAGUAGAGGAAGUUACAGAUGAUAAAACCCUACCAAAAUUGGAAAGGAAGCAAAAACAAAUUGAUCAUGCACCACACUGUAGCUACAAGUCUAAACUGGUAAAACUAGCUGAUAAGUUAUACAACCUUCGAGAUCUGAACCGCAGUAGUCCAGAAGGUUGGUCACAACAACGAGUACAAGAAUAUUUCCAGUGGGCUUCAGAAGUGGUGAAGGGGCUACGAGGGACAAAUUCAGCACUGGAAAAAGAGCUGGAUCAGUUGUUUAAAGAUAGAGGAAUUUCUGUCUGUGCUCCUUGAGGGCUCUAAAGUUGUAAUAAUGAAAUCCUGGACAGGUUCAGUAGGAUUUGCAAAACCACUAUAAGGGACAUACCUGACAUAUUACAGACUUUGUCUGAGGGUCUCAAACAGACUUUUAAUUAAUUAUGAAACUGCAUGUGACCUAGUCCAAGUAUGCACUUAUGACUUAUCUGUGGAUAUUAAAGGGACAGUAAACACUUUGAUAUUGUAAUAUAAAAUGUUUGUACUUUACAAUAUACUUUUAUGUAUUUAGACAUCUUUUUCUGUAAUUAAGUGUAAAAAUGAAACAAUGUCUUCAAUUCUGUGAAUGGGCAGUGCAUAUGGCAGUCUUCACAAACCUCACACUGCAAAAUAUUUGUCCCUAAUUAGCUUCAGCAAUGAUGAUGAUAUGAUAAGUGUAAAACAAUUGAGAUUUAUAUCUACUUCAGUGCAAGUUCUGUUUGGCUCCUCCCAUCAAGGAAAAGUAGUUGGUAAAAUUUGUCUAUUGAAAAACAACUGCAGCAAACAAAAUGGUAAUGCAUUCCAAACAUUUUCAAACUCACUAACUAUAUUAGUUUAUUGCAAGACUGCAGACAAUUUUGUAAUUACAGUGUGUUUACUAGAUGUGCAUUCAGCAGUUUUGUUCACUGCCGAAUGCGGUAAAAGACAGCAGCUCGCAGCAUUCAGCUCUUUUCGAAGCUAGAUUUAUUCUUGUGAAAGUGCAAUGUACUAAGAUCUGGUUUACACUUUCACAAGAUGAAAUAACGGCUCUAAAAAGAGCUUAAUGCCGUGAGUGACUACCUUCUGCAUGAAACUGCCAAAUGCACGUCUAAUGUUUACUUUCCCUUUAGGGGUUAGAUUUUGGCACCACUGAUUUAAUAAUACUGUAAUAAAGAAAGUAAAGUCA